AUGGCUACCAGCCGCGCAAUUACCGAGGCGGUAGAGCAGCUGCUAGACAGCGACCUGUGCGACUCUGCGCUGCAGCUGGCCGAGCUUGAAUGCACGCCGCGCCUGGCCGACCCUACUCUGCCAAUAGCCGAGCGGCUGCAGUUGCUCGAUACUCUCAGCAAAAGCCAGCAAAGCAACAGGCACUAUCGCCGUGCGCUAAUGACCCUAACAAAGUUUGUCUCUGGCCCCGCCCGUGCCCAACUGUCCCGCGACCAGCUCGAAGGCGUGGCGCGCGACAUCGCCAAUAUCCGCUGGCAGCUGAAGGAGUACGACAUGUGCCUUGCGCAGCUGCGUCAGAUCCCCACAAAGCACAGGCGUGUGCAAGACAUUGCACGGAUGGCAAAAUGUGCGGCACUGGUGAAUAGCCCGGAUGCUGCAGACCUGCACGAAGCGCUGCUGGAAGCCCAGCCGAAUGCUGCCGAUGGCAAUGCGUACCAUGAUGUGAAGAGCCUGACGGUUGCAAACAGCCUGGUUGCAAGGCUUGCCUAUGCGGAGGCGAUCAAGGAGUUCCAAAAGAUGCUGAGGAGACACCGGGACUCAGCACCGCUCCUGGCGCAGCAGGCAACCUGCCACUAUAUGCUGAACGAUAAGGCGCUGCUGGUGGAUCCAUCGCUGAUGCUCGAGAUGGGAACAUAUUCAGACCUGCUGCAGUCGUGCGACCAAGACGCAUACUCCGUGUACCAGCUUGGCACCGAGUUGCUCAAGACCGACGAGACACGGCCCGAGGGCUGGGUGGCCAUGGCGCGGUAUCUGAUGAUGGCUGGCCAAAUGCAGGAGGCGCUGGCAAUUGUGUGGAAGGCGCAGACGCUGGCUCCCGAUUCAGCCGAUGCAUUCUACGCCGAAGGAGCCAUCCAAAUGGCAUCGGAGUGCCCCGAAGAAGCUGCCGAGGCGUAUCUGAAAGCACACAGCCUGAGGCGCAGUGCUCUGACAUACCGCGGUAUAAUGGAUGCGUAUUUGCAGUGUGGGCGGUACAAGGACGCGUUUGUUGUCGCCAAGGAAGCGGCAGAGCUGAUGCCGAACCAUGCAGGCACCCUGGCCAUGAUCGGUCGAGUCCUGUCACACAGCCCCGAGAGCUACGACAGGGCUGUUGCUCUGCUGAAGUCGGCGCUUCAGAUUGACCGGCGGUCAUCGCUGUACGGGUCGACUGGGCAGCACUCCGAAGCCAUUGCCAUGAUGGAAAAGUUUCUGCCCGAGAACGAGUCCGACGCACUGUACACAGUGUACGCCGACAUCCUGACGCUGGCCAACGAGCUGCCGAGAGCAGCAGGAAACCUAUGCGAGAGGACCCAAGAGGAGCUUGAUGAUGAGAUUGGCGAGCCGAUCGACGAGCCUUUGCCGCCGAGCGACCAGGACGAUAUGAUGCUGGCCAUGAUGCGCGAGGAGCAGGGCUCGCCACUCGGCCGCAGUUUUACCGAUAGCGAUGAAGAUGGCAAUUUUUACAAGUCUGUCAAAUGGUCGCCCGAUGGGACAUCGCUGGCCGCGCAUGCCGAGGACAACGCAUUACACAUAUACAACGUCUGCGAUAUAGUGGAUAGCAUUGCGCAGGGCAGCCCUGCUGCAAUCCCACAUGCCGAACGCUUCAUUGAUUUCUCGUGGUACCCAUACAUGCACCACGCCACACCGUCUACCUGCUGCCUUGUGGAAUCAACACGCGACCACCCACUGCACUUGCGCGACACCAACUACGGGUCUGUACGCGCACACUACGCGGCCUACGACUCGAAGGAGCUUCUGUAUGGCCUGUGCCAGCUGAAUAUGCCGGUCCAGGGUGUUGCCCAUCUGCAGUGGUCGCCUAACGGCAUGCUUUUGUGGGCAGCGCCGCGGCAGUCACGACAUAUUGUUGCCUGGGACGUGCGGGAUUUGCGUGGGCCCCAGAGGAUGGCGUUUGACUUUGACAGCCAUGGGCAGGCGUGGCAAGGGUUCCUGGCCCAUGACGACUUGGUUGCUGGGGCUGCGGGCCAGCGCAGGUUUUCCGACUAUGGUGACGACGAGGCUGCGGCGGCGGGGCGUAGCGUGUGCUCGCCCAGCCUCAAACUUUGGUCGCUGGGCGCCCAGUAUUUUGAGCGCGAAAUCCAGGCUUAA